CUAUUCGUUAGCGUUAUUUCGUUUUUUUUUUACCCUCGCUUAACCAUAGGGAUAUGUUCUAUUUAAAUAAAAACCUGUCAUAACUGAAAUGCGCACAAUUUUAUUAAUUAGCAUACUCCUUUUAUUCCCAUGCCUUCCUAUCCUUCUUCAUCGCACUACGUUUGCCAGUGAAUCAUCACAUGCUGCAGAAAAACAUUUGCUCGCUUUUUUUGGGUCCGGGGGCCAUACGGCUGAAAUGAUGAGCUUAUUAAACGCAUUGAACAGUACGUUGUACCCUGUUCGAACAUAUGUUACUGGAAGAGAUGACAAAAUGAGUCAGAAAAAGGCUAAGGUUUUGAUGUCUCAGCAAGCAGAUUUGAGAACGCAGCUUCUUUCUGUGCCAAGGGCUCGAUAUGUGAAGCAAUCAUGGUUGACAACACCUUUUACUGCUUUUAUUUCACUUUUUGGAGCUCUUAGAGUAAUUUUCAUGAACGAAUUCGGCACACCAGACGUCCUUUUAUGCAAUGGUCCGGGAACUUGUGUACUCAUAUGCUUUUCAGCAAUGCUAGCGCGGCUUUUGGGUAAACCUAUUAAAAUAGUUUACGUUGAAUCAUUUGCCAGAGUACGCAGUCUUUCACUCUCAGGCAAAAUCUUGAUGCCAUUUGUUGACCGCUUUCUGGUUCAAUUUCCCGAACUUGUGGAAAAAUACAAAAAGGCCGAGUACAUUGGCAUUGUCGCAUAAUGGCGACCAACCUUGUUACUUAUUCAAUGAACAUUUCUUUGCUACCGAAUCAUUGCUAAAUCACCCAAUUUACAAAAACACACUCCUCUUACACAACUGACUUAAAGUCGUUCAUUUCUUAAAUCACAUACACUCGAUAAAAGCGAUUGCAAGGAGGUAAGUCUUUGCGAUUGAACCAUCAUUUCACGCUGGUUUGUUGCAUCCAAGACAAUCGCCUUCGCUUGCAAAAUCCAUGUCUCAUUUAAGGGAUGAAACGGAGGCUGUAUGAUGUGCGGCUGCGAAGGCAAUAAUGUUUGAAACAUCAGUACUUUGCAUGUGUCAUACGUGAACUCCAGGCCCUGUACAAUGUACUCAUGAGAGAAUCUAAACAGAUUGGUUGUUAGGCAAUCGUUUCUAAGCUAUGCGGUGCAACAUACUCAUAACCCAUUUUUUGCACAAACUCUAAUACAGGUCCAUCUGUGAACUUGGCUUCGUUCACGGGCCGGAUGCCACAUUUAUUUUGUCGUUUCGGUUCAGAGGCACCUUCUAGGCGCAAUUUCCUAUACAAAUAUUUGAAUUAGCUUUCUUCUCAUAACCACAUAAUUCAUUUUGGUGUUCGUUGUUCACUACGAAUUGAAUGCAACCAACACACACCAAAAAAUAAGA